AUGAGUCCGAUUUUCCUCAAAUCAUCGGUGCCACAUCAGCAUUUGUCAGCGUAUCCGAUGGAAGUGCACCAGCAAGGAGGACGAUAUGCGCUUCCAGCAGAGUAUGAUGUAUACAGUUCAGCAAUGGUGAGGCUCGACUACGCACAUGCUCGGGCGGAAAUGUCGGGUAUUCCGCUUGGUGUUGGAGGUCCACCACCUCCAGGAAUGGAUGCAAAAUGCGGACGUUUGGUUUGCAUAAAAGUACGAAUGCUUGACGAUAGCGUGGCUGUCUUUCACCUCGGACACAAAGCCAUUGGACAAACAUUAUUGGAUGAGGUGGCCAGACAUUUGAAUCUCCUCGAAAAUGACUAUUUCGGCCUCGAAUACAUCGAUAAUGCUGGAUGUCAUUGCUGGCUCGAUGCUGAUAAGCCAAUUCUACGUCAAAUCAGCUCGCAUAGUAGUGAUGCAAAAUUUUAUUUCAUUGUAAAAUUUUACACACCAAAUCCUAUAGAUCUAGAAGAGGAAUAUACACGGUACCUUCUCACUCUUCAAAUCCGUAGGGAUUUAUCAGUUGGAGAGCUACAUUGUGCUGAAACAACGGCUGCGCUAUUAGCAGCUUAUCUUGUCCAGUCUGAAUGCGGUGAUUUCUCGGCUGAAGAUUAUCCUGACGCAACAUAUUUGUCUCAUUCACGAUUUAUUCCCCAUCAAACGAUUGAAUUCCAACAAAAAGUUAUGGAAAAUCAUAGGAAUUUAAUUGGUAUGAGCCCUGGUGAAAGUGACUUUGCAAUGCUUGAAGUUGCACGACGAUGCGAUUUCUAUGGUAUUAAACUUCAUCCGGCAAAGGAUAUUGAAGGCACCGAUGCUCGAUUAGCUGUACUACAUCUUGGCAUUAAAGUAUAUCAUCAACUACAAUGUGUAUCCACAUUUUCAUGGGCAAAAAUUCGGAAGCUUAGCUUUAAACGCAAGAAAUUGCUAGUCAAGCUUCAUCCUGACAGCUAUCAGUACUAUAAGGAGACGAUACAAUUUGUUUUUGAUUCACGGAAUGAGUGCAAGUCUUUCUGGAAGAAAUGCGUUGAACAUCAUGCAUUCUUUCGUUGUUCGGCAGCCGACAGUACAAGAAAGGAUAAUCGCUUAUUCAGUAAAGGAUCCUCAUUCAGAUAUCAUGGACGAACGCAAAAGCAAUUGAUCGAUUAUGUCCGUGAACAUCAUAAGCGAAGGGAACCUUUUACAAGACCUCUGCGUUCGGCUGCUUCACCUCGAUGCCCUCCUCCGUUCGCAUUAUACUCGAUGGUAUCGGAACGGAAGAAGAACGGAGGCUCACAUGCCUCAAUGUCUCAUCUCCCGAAUCAAUCACAAUCACACGAUAACGCAGGUACCUUAGAUGCGCGUGGACAUCGACAUUCGAAAGAGUGCGCUGAACAUCAGAAACAUCGUCCAAAACCUAAAAUCCCUAAGGAACAGAAUGAUAAACCUGAAAAGGAGAACGUAUCGAUUUCAUUGCCGAAUGUGCUUAGCGAUGAUAUACAAGUUGUUUGUAGAGAGUUAGAAAUCGAGAGUGCCGAGCCUCCUAAAUCAUUAUCUGGUGAUAAUUUUAAUAAUAUACGUCCUGAUUACGAUAAUCUUAGUGAAGACUCGUAUAGGCUAUCCGAUCAUGAACGAUCAACUAAAUCUGAUGUAGGUGUACCAUCCAGACAAGUGCGUAGUGCUAAUUUUGCAACGAAACGUGUUGGUAACGUCGUUGUGAAGCGUGUAAUUUCACAUUCGAAGUCAACACCUCAUUCAACGGAUGAGGAGGAUUCGGCUAGUAAUUCAGUUGCUUCUACGUCCACUGGUCGACGUCGUGGUCUUAAAGAGUAUCCAUUUAAUUCGACGAGCUUUGUUCCUAUCGAAAUCGACGGUCCUAAUGUGGAUAUAACCGUUAGAAGAAGUACUGGGCCAAUAUACACGUCAACUGGAGCGUUAUUAUUAAAACCUAAGGUUAUAUCUACACAUGAAGGUGAAUAUUCUUCCGUGAAAAUAAUACCAGAUUCGGUUGCAUCUACCAGUAUGACAGCAGCAGCAGCAGUAGCGGCACAUCAAAAACAACAACAACAACAACAACAAAAACAGUCGACCCCUCAACCUGUAACAGGCGUAAGUAAAACAGCUGAAGCGCAGCCUAUUUACGGGGCAAGAGGUCCGCUGCCUGGAAAAGUGAUCAGCAAAGAAACGAUGGUGAUUACACCGCAUGGAGUAAAAGAGCGUGGUCCAAAACCAGCCGUUCUACCAAAACCAACGAAAGCGGUCAUCCCACAACACGCUGUUCCUCAUCACACAACGCCUGAGGAUCAUCCUGUUGUGCUUAUGACGGAACAAACUCCACCUACGACGACCACGACGAUGACGACGACGAAAGAGAAACAGAAACCAGUAGCAGAAGCAGAACCAGAAGUGAAAACCAAGGCGCCGCCGACUCGUCCAAAAUUGAUCUCAGUGAAAAGUGAGGACAGCCCGAAUGUUGAAAAAUGUCAUCUUUUCAACAGCGAAAUUCCUUACACAUUGACCCUAAGGAAGGUGGAUAGCGCAGAAUCGUUGUCUUUCAAUACGUUCAAAGAUCGGCCAAAAGAAUUUGACACCGGAUCGUUGAGGAAACUCUCGAGAAGUCCUGAUCAGUUCAAGAGAAGGAAAUCACUAGAUCUUGUUCCACGAAAACGACUACCAUCACCUAGGAAUUUCUCCUCACAGGAUCAUUCUAUUUCACCAACAACACCGGAAGGAAAUGUGCUUGACUAUGUUCUAAGGCAUAGAUCACAAAGUCAUGAAAGGCCUGAGAAGCGGGGAAAACGAGGCGAUGUGAGGAGGCAAACACAACCUGUUCGAUUCGAUCUUCCACCAAGCCCGUGCUCUCCAACGGUCAGCGGAAGCACACCGUUUAUCAGUUGUCUUCAUGACGACGCCAAUGACGACAGUGUAUCGGAGUCGAGAAGCCUUCAUGACGAAAUGGAGAAGCUUGAAGGAAUACUCGGAGUGAACGUUGUCACAGCGGAAAAAGAGCAAAAAGAGGAUUCGGAAGGGAGCGAUUCGCUUCCGCCGCCUCCGGAAACUGUUGUGAAACCACCUCAGGAGACUGUCGUCAAGCCACCUCAAGAAAGUGCGGUCGUCAAGCCACCUCCACCACCACCUCCUCCGAAGCCGAAGGGAGUGUCUGAGCAUGUGGCCGAACUUAAGACCUCCGUCAUUAUGACGUCUGUGGUGAAGACCACGCCAACCGAAGAGACUUCGACGAGUGUUGGACAAAAGGACGAUCAAACUCCAUUCAUCGAUGAGUCUCCGAAAAGCUCCGAAGAAACGUUGCCAGUUUCUCGACGAACAGAAACGGGAUUGUUGUGGACAGACUUCUAA